AUGACAUCAGACGAACCGUCCGAAUAUCAACUGAUCACAACUGACCUGACGAUAUCGGCCAACAUUGAACUACCGGACACGAAUCACCAGUCGGUAAUUGAGAACCUCGUCCUCUCCUGCUUCUACACCUUCAUCUUCAUCGCUGGAUUGUUCGGCAACCUGCUGACGGCUUACGUUGUUGUCAGGAAACCAAUGAUGAGAACAGUCACGAAUCGUCUCAUACUAAAUUUGGCCUUAUCCGAUAGUUUCUUCAUGCUAACCUUGCCUUUCAUUGUGGUCACCAGUCUGAAGCGCAACUGGGUGUUCGGGACGUUGUUAUGCAAAGCCUUCUACGCCAUCAACUGCGUCAACAUCUUCUCUGGCUCUUUCACGCUGGCUAUUCUCAGUGCGGACCGCUUUGCCGCAGUUUGUUUUCCGCUCGUGUCGGUCAAACUUCGAACUCCCGGUAAAGUGUCCAUCGCCAUCGGACUCUCGUGGUUGCUGUCCGUGCUGGCUACCUAUCCCGUAGUUCACUACGCCACCGUCAGCAGGCCAGAAAAAAUUGCGAUCGACGGAAACCCGGUCCUGUUUGCUUACAUUGUUUACUCCUUCAUCAUCGGCUUCUUCAUUCCCAUGAUCGCUAUUAUCGUCUUUUACAGCUUGCUGGUGGCUAGCGUUACUUUCAGAAGAGCGAAACACAGGCACAUGACAGUCAACUCAGAAAGAAGGCACAAGAAAAUCACGAAGCUCGUCACAAGUGUCAUCAUCGUCUACGUCGUCUGCUGGCUACCUUACUACGUAUUUCAGUUUGCCCUUCUGUUCGAUGGUGACACGUUUUACAGGCGACCAUGGACUGUAUAUCUCUACUAUACGUGUAACGCCUUCACCUACCUACACAGUGUCUUCAACCCACUGCUCUAUGCUGUAACCAACAAAAAUUUUCAAGAUGCUUUCAAAGAAACAUUUUCCUGGUGCUACAAGCGUCGGCCAAUCAGGAGGAAUGUAAUUAGGUCGAGGGAUUUAUCAAGGUCAAAACAAGUUCGGACGAGGCAGGUUCAUAGAAUCAAUGUUUGA